AUGCCCUGGGGGGUCCUUGCUGCUUUCGAAGCGGCAGCAGCAGCAGCGGCGGCGGCGGCAGCGGAGGCGCCAGCGGAAGCAAAAGAAGCAGACUCAAGACGCGGACAGGAGUUGCAACAGCGGCAGGAGCCACAAGCAUUUGAACUUUUGCCAUUGGCAGCGUCUGUAGCAAGCAACAGCACCACAGGCAACCACAGCAGCCGCCGCGGUCUUGGCACCAGCCGCAGCACCGGGGGGAGUCUUGGCGCUGUAGAGGGAGAAGGAAAGGGCCAUACAACAGCCGCUCCUGUUUCCGCAGAUGAUGGGAUACGGGUCGAAGCAACAAUGCCAGCAGCACAAACCGGGGCAGCAGGUAGUGAAGCCUGCGUUGCGGUGGACCACCCGGUUGGAGCAGCGAUACGUACCCUGGCAUUUCACGCACAAAGUAAUAGUGAAGACAAUACGAAAGCGCAACACAGACCGAAGUCCGCGCAGCUACACCGACCCAGGGCCCGUGUAGGCCAUACAAUCAGCCCGUUCAAUUUGCCGGCGAAGGCGCCGCAACAACAGAAACAGCAGCGGCAAACGCCAACAUGCAGUCGGGAAGAGGACAAGCAGCAGAAGCAGCAGAAACUACAUGCCACCGCCAAGCCUCUUUCAGGGUCUCAAGAAAAUAGCAGCGGUGACAGCAACAUCAACCGCAGCGGCAGCCGCGUCGACUGCAGCACAGACAACGGCAGUGGCGGCAGCAGGAGGAAGGAAUACAGCAGCGAAAGCGACAGCAGCCACAACAACUACGUGGGUAGUACGGAAGUGCAUUGGGCGCGCUCGCUAGUCAGGCCAAUAAUGGUUGGUGGCUGCUGCGCUGUUGCCGCCGCAGCAGCAGCAGCAGCAUCACCCGACGAGGCCCUGCACAGAGUCAUAGAAAAGACUAGCGAGGUCGCGGGAGACGCGUUUUUGGGAUUCACUGCAGCAGAAGCUGCAGCUUCUCUCCGGCAGACACCUUUCACGCUGUUGCAAGAGGCAGUGGCGUCAGCAGCAGCGAGAAGGCAGCAGCCUUAUUCACUAUUGCCAGACUCUCCUCCGUCGUUACCCGCAGCUGCAGAAAGACAACGACUCGUAGCUACAGCAGCAACAACCGUCCUCGAUGGAGACUGGCUGGAGAGUUAUAUAUCUUACCUGUGUGCCGCUGGCAGCAGCUGUUGGCUGUGGUGGCGCCUGCAGCUAGCGGAUGCUCCUGGGGGCCCGGGAUUUGCUGCAUCUGCUUCUACUGCUUCAGGUGUAGUGACUCCAGAGCGGCGAGUGCACCAUGCUGCUGCUUCUGUUUCUGCCGAGAGGCGUUGUUCGGCAGUUGCUGUUUUCGGCGGCCGGAAGGCUAGUGGCGAUCUAGCGGACAAUGAACUGUAUCUGCUCGAGGUGACCCCCCUGCUCUCCCUAGAUUUGCCGUUGUUUGUAUUGGGGGAUUUGCUGUCUGUGGCCCUCUCUGAGUCGGCACAAGGUGUAACCGCAGCAAAUGCUGCAGCUGAAGCAGAACUCGGGGCGGCACUGUGCACGGAUGCAACCGCUGCUGUUGCUGUCACCGCCAGAGAGGGAUCGCCGACCACCGCAGCUUGUGCGAAUGGAGCAUCACAGCAACUUGUCGGGGACAGUCACAGCAUUAGCAGGGGAGGCAGCAAUAUCAGCAACCCACCGUUGCUAAGAUGGCGCGUGCCCUUGUGUGUUGGCCAGAAGCCUUCGCCGCGGCUUGGUCAUUCUCUGGUGUAUGCAGAGCCUCACCUGAUCCUCUACGGCGGCAAAGAUGAACGGGGCCGGUUGUUGAAUGACGUGUGGCUGCUAGAUAUAUUUGAUUGGAGACGAGUGGUGAGGCCUACGGCAGCAAGCGAAGUGACAGCAUCAGGAGCUGCUUCUGGAAAUGUGGAGUCAGCAUCGAUGCCAGGCGAGGCUACAGCUGCAGCAGCAACAACAGGAGAGGCCGCCUUGUCUUGGGUUACUUUGGAUUUCUCAUCGUCACCGUUGAAGCCCCCCGGACGCUUUCUACAUUCGUGCAGCGUCUUUUUCACAUCCGCAGGCGACGGAUCCUGCAGCAUUGUGAUCGGCGGAGGUUGGACUUCUGUGGUGCUUCCACGCGCUCGUCUUUAUGCCCUCCACAGAAAUGCAAAGGGACGUUGGAGACAUGGUAUCCUCCCAGUGCGGGUCACGAACGCGGCAGAUAGACGAUUUAUGCAUGCGUCAGUGUGUGCGGGUUCGUCAUUGCUUCUAUCAGGCGGUCUUCAGAUCCGCCUCGGAGCUGCACCGACUGCUCACCUUUGCUGCUGGAUGUUUAAGCUUGUAGGCCACCAGGCGUGGCAUGUCGGUGGCCGGGUGUUCUCUUAUGGAGGCCUCAAAAUAAACGAAGAUGACUCUGAGCCCCUUAGCCCUGUUCCUGUGCACCGCGUGGUUGUUCUCGAUGCGUGUGACCUUCUUCCGGCUUCUUCCGCCGAGCCUCUCUUGGCAACCCGCCAUCAGGUGCAGCUGCAGCUGCAGCGGAGAGCCGGUGCAUAUUCUGCUGCACGCACACAGCAGCUGCCUUUCGCAGGCUCAAAUGAUGCACCAGCCGCGCGAGACGCCCACUGUUUUGGGGAAUCAGGCAGCAGCCGAAACAGCAGCAAUUUGGGACAGGUAAGUAUGGAACAGCAGCAGCCGGCAACCAGUGUUUCGUACAGCAGCAGCGAUGGCGCGAAGCUGCCUCAACAGACUUCGCGAAUUGGCGCUGUACCAAGAGGCUCGCCUUCGGAGCCGCCAUUAGCAGCAGCAACAUCAGUGACAAUGACGGCGGAAGGAGCUUCAGGAGGUAGCAUCCCACCUCGGGAACGAGCACAUGUCGAUGCGUAUAGUUCCUGCAGUGGCAGCAAGAGGCCUUGCUCCAGGCCUUUGAGCUUCGACUCGUCUUCAGUUUCGAAACAGGAGACUACGCCACAGCCAGCAGCAGGGGCAACAGCUGGUGCUGCCCUUCCAGACGUUGCUGCUGGAGGGGCGAAUGGCGUAGGUAACGGCAGUGCGGCAACCUUCGAACAACUGCAGGGACAAGGAGAGAGAAGGGAGGGAAGGGUAUUGGAUGCGGUGAAUACAGGAGUUAUCCAUCCACCCAGCGGCGGUAUAGCAGCAAACGCUCUUGCUGCUGCAGCUACUGUCUCUGCUGGUGCUUCGAGUGAGACGUGCCACCCGUCAGACGCAACCGUCUGCACACCUCGUCGUUAUCGGAGGAUGGCAGCUUUGCAGGCUCUGGAGUCUUUUAAGCUUCUUCCCGAUCCCAUCGGCGCAACUGCCGCUGGGGCGCCUACCCCGGCACCGACGUCACCAGCACCAGCAGCAGCUGCUGCAGUAACAACGUCGUCUACGGCGGAAGGUAUUUAG